CAUUCCUUACAAACCAGCUGCUUGUUUUCACAGCAAUGGCGAGCUUCCCUUAUGAAGAUCCAAACCCUAACCCUAACCCUAAUUUCACGCAAUUCUCCCCAAUUCUCGACCCCGCUUCCUUCUUCGACUUCGAUCUCUCCAAUUUCCUCGUCGGCGAUGACGAUAGCUACGUUGACCAACUCGCCUCCUCGUCUUCGGAGAAGAUCACCGGCGUGGACAGUGGCGGUAGUAGUGUGGCAGUGGACAGCGGAUCUAGCUUCGUGGUUUCAUCGGAGCCGUCGCCAUCCAUAAGAAGCAAAAAUGGUGAGAGGAAGAGGAAGGGGGAGAUGGGGUGUAGGGUUGCAUUCAGAACCAAAUCGGAGCAAGAGAUUAUGGAUGAUGGCUAUAAGUGGAGGAAAUAUGGGAAAAAGUCCGUCAAGAACAGCCCGAAUCCGAGAAAUUACUAUAAAUGUUCAAGUGAGGGAUGCAAUGUGAAGAAGAAGGUGGAAAGAGACAGAGAGGAUGCUAGCUAUGUGAUUACUACUUACGAGGGUAUCCACAACCAUGAGAGCCCCUUUGUUGUGUAUUACAAUCAAAUUCCAUCCCUUACCUCUACUUCCACUUAGCUCACCCUACUCGUCCUUUACUUGUCCAAAUUUAAGGGUCGGAUUCAUUUUCUAAGUGCUUAAAAACACUUUUUAGGACACUUAGAAAGUCAACUCGAACAUACCCUAAAUUACGAGAUGGUCUGUUUUUAUUUCUGUGUAUAUGGUUCAAUUUUGUAUUUUGUAUAAUUUUUGCAUAGAUAAAUAAUCUAGACGUGAAAGUUCUUUUUGUUUUUCA